AAUGAGAAAAGCCUUGUUUCUAUAUUCUUUAUUUUUUUUUUAAAUAAUUUUUUUUAAUGAUAUUUUGACAGGCAGAUCCCACCAAAUAAACUAAACAAAUUUUACCAACGGAACCCAUCUUCAUAAAACCCUUAAUAGAAUUCACCCUCUAUUCGCUUUACAUUUUAUUUUCUUGGUAGCUGUAAUUGCUAGAUAGGGGACUACUCCUAUGCAAGGUGACUCCAAUACUGUGCCAGCGACCUCUGGGGUUGUCGACGUGGCCACCGCGACUAUGGUCCAUGAAGAUGGUGAAGUUGGUGGUGGAGGUGGUGGUGCUCCAAAUUCAUCAGGUGAAGAAGAUAAGAGUAUUAUUAGGGUUGACGAAGGUGACAGGAUGAGCUAUGGUGCAAACCGGUGGCCAAGACAAGAAACUUUGGCCUUGUUGAAGAUAAGGUCAGACAUGGAUGCGGUGUUUCGUGACUCAAGCCUGAAAGGUCCAUUAUGGGAAGAGGUUUCCAGGAAGCUAGCUGAGCUUGGUUAUCAUCGAAGUGCCAAGAAAUGUAAGGAAAAGUUCGAGAAUGUGUACAAGUACCACAAGCGAACCAAAGAAGGUCGAACCGGCAAAUCCGAAGGCAAAACUUAUAGAUUUUUCGAUCAAUUACAAGCUCUUGAAAAUCAUCAUCACCAUCAAUCCCAGCUAGCAACACCAGCACGGCCACCGUCGUUACCCAAACUUCAACCUCCAAUCACAACAACUGCUACAUUGCCUUGGUCUAAUAAUCUUCCUAAUGUUUCUCAUGCUGCUGUUCCAUCAACGACAAACACUGCGAAUAUUAUUGCAUCACAUCAGAACAAUAAUGUUGCUCCUUCAGCUGAUCCUGCAAUCAAUGCUAUGCCAUUAUCUUCAUCACAACCUUUAAAUCCUUCUCAAAAUAUUUUCCCAUCUUUUCAAAAUCUUACUUCUCAUCUUUUUUCGAGUUCUACUUCCUCCUCCACUGCAUCUGACGAAGGGUAUCAAACAACUCGAAAGAGAAAGAGAUCAAAAUGGAAGGAUUUCUUGGAGAGGCUAACGAAGGAUGUUAUGAAGAAGCAAGAAGAGUUGCAAAGGAAGUUCUUGGAAACUGUAGAGAAACGCGAGCAUGAAAGGAUGGCAUGCGAGGAAGCUUGGAGAAUGCAAGAGAUGGCAAGAAUUAAUAGAGAGCAUGAAAUUUUGAUCCAAGAACGGACCACCGCUGCUGCUAAAGAUGCUGCAGUUAUUGCAUUCUUGCAAAAAAUAUCGGGACAGCAAAACUCGAUACAAACGGUAGAUAUUCCUCCACCACCACCACCACCAGUAGUGGCAGCGGCACCAGCAUCAGCCCCAGCUCCACCUCAGUCACCAGGACCGGCAUUGGCACCUGCAGCAGCUCCACCACAGCCUAGGCCAGCACCACCUCCUUCGCUACCAGUAGUAAUGAAUUUGGAUGUUUCAAAAAAGGAUAAUGGACAGAAUAACGCCGUUGUAUCAAGCUCUUCUAGAUGGCCAAAAGUUGAAGUCCAAGCUCUUAUUAAUCUCAGAACCAAUCUUGAUACUAAGUAUCAAGAAAAUGGACCUAAAGGACCUCUGUGGGAGGAAAUCUCAGCAGGAAUGCAAAAGCUUGGAUAUAACAGGAGUGCGAAAAGAUGCAAAGAGAAAUGGGAGAAUAUAAACAAGUAUUUCAAGAAAGUGAAAGAAAGCAGCAAGAAUAGGUCUGAAGACUCAAAAACAUGUCCAUACUUCCACCAACUCGAUGUUCUAUACAAGGAAAAGAGCAAGACUAAUGAGAGUUCGGCCAACAAUGGAGAUCAUGCUUCAGUUCAUCCCAUAACCACAAUGGAGCCCUUAAUGGUACGGCCGGAGCAGCAAUGGCCUCUUCAACAUGAAAACCAGUCGGAAAAAUUAAUGGAUCACGAUGACGACAUUGAAGAAGAUGACGACAACGACGGAGAGACCGAAGAAGAAGAUGAAGGAGGAGGAAGAGGUUGUUUUGAGGUAGUAGCAAGCAAACCUGCAGCUUCAGUGGGCAAUGGUGAGUGAGACAAGGUAGGGAAGCUUCUUACCCCAGGAAAUUAAAUUAAUCAAUGGAGGACAUUUUUACAGCAAGGUUAAUUAAUCAAAGGAAUGGCGAAGAGAGUGAAAUUUUCCAAAUUCAGAUUCUUACGGUGGAAGAAGGUGGAAGCAAUCUGAGACAAAAUGGCCAGGCUGCACAUAGAUGUUUCAGAAGUGGAUGAAGGUGCCGAAGCUAGCUGUAGUUGGCAACCACACUUCUUUAAUUUUAUUUAUGUGCCCAUACGCAUAUGUCCCAUUUCUACAGUGGGAUGACCAAUAUUAAUUUGUGUCAAUUUCCCUUUUUUUUUAAUAAUUUUCUGUUUGAAAAAGUAAUUAUUUGUUAAUUAUUUAUAUAUUGUAACAUAAAGAAAUUAAGAAACUGGGUGGAGAUGGACUGCACAAAAUAAAGACGAUAAAGAUAUAGAGAACAUUAGUUUUUGUAUUUUACUUUGUGUCCAAUCCAUUAGGGAGAUCAUAGAACAAAUAAACAAACCACUGCUGUAUCUUUCUUUCUGUUCAUUAGUGUACUGAUACUGUGAUUUGAUUUAAGUAUA